AUGGGAAAUAUAAUUGGUCAAGGGGUGUUAAACUGGAUUCUGAUGGGGUAUUAUAGUAAACUGGGCGCAGGGCCCAUUGCAUCAAGCCAUGUCCUUCGUCGUCCCGUCUUGACUUUGUUUCAACUCAACACCGUGGCCCCUCCAUCUUCAUUUAACCUCUUAACCUACGUCUCAAAUUGUGACUCACGGAUUCGCUCAACGAUCCACCUCUUCGCGGCGAAUUUGACUUCACCACUUAUCAUCACUCUUCUUAAGCAUUCGAAUCGCUCAUCUCCAGAAAAUAUCAGUCGUGAUGAAGUGAUGUGUAUUGAAGGUGUUGGACAGAAGAUGGAGAUGUUGAGGUAUAUUGUCCAUCUCAGAAGAUAUUUCUCAGUAGCACAAAUCCACUCUGAAGGCUAG